AGCGUGGCGGAGGUUGUAAAGUUUGGCUCGGUGGGCGGAUCAACGCUUGUUCUCCGACGUGUGCCUGUACUAGUUAUUCCUCGCAAGCGAAAAUACAAGAACUAUGUGUCACGGCGUCGGAAUACACAACUCCUAGCUAGUCUGCGCAAGUGUGUCUCCGAUCCGCACAUGUACCGCAGCUACAACCAUUGGAAAGGGCUGUGGAAAGAAUUUUCUCCAACCAACACAACUUCUUCCGUUGAUAUUCCACGACUAAUCGAUGAAGAAGAUCCUCCUCGAACACCUGUUGUUACCAGCAUCGUAGUUGCUCCCACAGUAGAUGCAGGAAGAUCACCUCUUUUAAAGCAGGUUUCUGAGAGAAUCGGCGACCUCGAAAACAACGGACUGAGUCAGACGGCUCUUCAUAUCCCAUUCCUGUCCGAAAAGGAAGCCACCAUACAAGGUAGACGUCCAUUUCAAAAAGGGUUGUCGCCCAAAACAUUCUCGACGUGUUCUGUUUCUGACAACCCGAAAACACAAGCAUUUCAUGCGAAGAGCCACUUAGAAGAGUUCAAUGAUAACCACCCAGGAGAAAAGGAUAGCAAAUUGCGGUCAUCCGUCGAUAUCACAGUGAAAGGCUCUGCUUGUUUAGUCCUUGAAAAAUCCAGAGCUCCAUCUCCUGCAAGUUUCAUAAAUGCUUCUCCAGAAUCGUUCGGUGACAAAAGUAUCGUGACAGUGAACAAGAAGGCUAAAACUCUUUCGAAAUUUAUCACCACCGGACCAGCACUUUCGGGAGAGCAAUGUGACAUGGCGACAAUCACACCUUUGGUACCGAAGGUACUAAGGAAGGCUUAUGGAUCAAAAAGUGGUACUACAAUUUGUGCUAUUGGUCCUUCUCUAAAUGCAACCUCGGUGAAGAACGUUAACACUGAAGACCAGCGUGUAAUUGAGAAAAAAGUAUCUCUUCGAAAGAGGGUAGACCAUGUCAAGGAAAUUGCCGUGGGCCAGGCUCCAUUGAAAUGUCAAAUGGAUAUUGGGGAUAAGUCCAAUCAAGCAGAUGAGCAGAGGGCCAAGAGAACGUUGAAUGCAAUAGCAGCGGCAUUCUCCACUCAGUCCAAUUCAAUCGAUAAUCCUGAGAACGCGAAGAUGGAAGAGAAAAGGGAAGUUGUGAUGGACACCAUACAACAAGUAUCUGCGAAAGGUAGCGCUUCGGCCACUUCAAAUUUAUUGGCUCAACUUCAACUUCCGCCCACUGUUUCAGCCAAAGUUGAUAAAAUAAUAGCCUUGGGGCAGAAGUCAAGGAUUCACAAACUUGUUCGGAUGUUCUUGAUUUUUUUAUUAUUAGCGCGGAUGAAAGCGCACCUCGAUCGGCAAGUAGGAGUGUUGCCUGAUGAUGAUGAUGGCCACCUGAUUUUCAAGAAAAACGACAUACUUCAUGGGCGAUGGGAGCUUCGUGAGGAACUUGGUGAAGGGACUUUUGGAAGAGUAAUUAAGGCUUACGAUAAGCAGAGAGAUAAAAUGAGGGCUGUGAAGAUUGUACGUAAUGUUCAUAAGUAUCGAGAUGCUGCCUAUUUAGAAAUCAAGGUUCUCACAAAGUUGAAGCAGUUGGAUCCGAAUGGAACGCACUGUCGUGGCAUUAAUUUUCACGUGUGCAUGAUUGGGCCCUAUACAUGUGUUAGAUUAGUUUUGAAAUGGAAUAUAAAGAAGGGGGUGAAAAAAUCGCGAAAAAAAAAUUUAAAAAAUCAUAGGAUUUUCGACAUGAUAUAUCUCACGUGA